AUGAACCGCAAAAUCGAAUGCCGGAGUGAUGGGUGUGGAAAUGAGGUCUUAUUCAAGCCCACUCUUGAGGGGGGCUUCAACAUCCAUCAGCCGAACUUAGACCACUACCACUAUCGCGAUCAUAGGAGAUCGGUAGCUGGUGGGCGACGUCUUUCUCCUUAUUGCAAGCAACACACUUGUGCUCACUUCCACCGUGAAGAGUGCUGUACUAAUAAGAAGCCUCCCCAUGACACCGUUUGUGCUGUUCACACGAGAUGUCCCAUCCCGGACUGUCAUCAAGCUCGGGCUCAGUUUCUCGACCCCAACUUUGACCCCCUCUCGAAUGCUGUGCCGAGAUAUGCUCGCUAUGAAGUGUGUGACAAAUGCAUUGUUCCGAGGUGCGCACAGCGAAGAGCGUCGACUAGUACUACCUUCUGUCAGGCUCGUGAAGCAGACGGAUGUGGCAACGAGCGCCAGGACCAGCUUGAGUGUUGUGAGAAACGGGCUGCGACUUGGUUGUGGAAGGCAACCAUACCCUCUGUGCUCACCGUGGAUAUGACAUGCGAGAUGAACGGCUGCGGAGGAGCAAAGCAUUUUGAACCCAACAAAAAGGAAUAUUUGCCGUACUGCACCAACCGUAUGUCCCUGCUUAUUCAUGAGUUUUGGUGUCCAGUCUAA